AUGGCUAGUGACGGCAGUUCGCCUGUGCAAGGCUUCGAGGGUCAAGAUCGCAAAAAGCAUCCCGGAACCACCAGCGACCGAGUUGUGCAGACAGGCGAAUUCAUAUUAGAACUACGAGACAGCUACGUCAAGCAUGGUCUUCGCGGGACUUUCCAGUCAAAAGCUGUCGUCCUUUACGCCUUCGUCGUCAGGUGGGGAGGCUUCUUGUUUGGCUAUGAUCAAGGUGUCGUUUCUGCCAUCCUUGUCAUGGAUCAAAUCCUCGACCAAUUUCCUCGUGUCUCGGAGAGCGCCAGUGGAGCCGGCUUCUGGAAAGGAUUGAUGACGGCCAUGAUCGGACUUGGAGCACUAAUCGGUGGGCACCUACCGAGACCUAUCAAGACCAUCUGA